ACCAAGUUUUAUGUGAUGACAAAAAGCGGAGACAUUUAUCGAUAUGGCAGAAACUUUUUAAUCCCAGCCGACAGAUAUUCAUUUCCCAAAUUCACAGGGGCUAGUAUCUUUAUCCGCUCACAAGAGGUGAUCGGUUGGGACACUUCCAAAGUGUGUGGAUUUGAUUUUGGUGGGGGUGAAGUGGUCUCCAAAUGGGAGCACAAGACUGAAAUCUGUGGGGAGAUGUACAACAAAAUUUCGGAGAGUCAAAUAGCUGGUGUUAUGGCAGACAAUACCAUUGAAGUCUUCGAUUAUCGAAGUGAUACUGUGAUAUACAAACUUGGUAAACGUCCCGAGCGGUUAACUGCAUAUGACACUUUUGAUGAUUAUUUUGUUAUAGGUGGGGAAGAUGGGUGGCUUGAGAUGUUUGAUCGUCGCAAAGACAAUAUAAAGAUUGACACCAAGAUCAAAUUUGGUCGUAUUAAUGUUAUUAAGUGUGCAAAUAAGAUGAUCUUAGCUGGGGAAGGUAAUGUAGUCUCUUUUUAUGACUUAAAAGGUGGCAAUUUUGGUGUAGGUACACAGCUCUAUAUUCACAAUAGCUUAGUUACUGCAAUUGACAUUGGAGAUGAUCAUUGUAUGUCUGGCUCCAGUCAAGGUGAGUUGAUUUAUUAUAAAUACUUAUAA